AUGUGCGAACUCCAUCUUUACUGGUGCCCAAGGUGCCGGACGAGAUGGCAGAAACGCAAGAGACUAGCGAGUUGCGAGGGCAGAGAGCAGGCGUCCAAGUGCCCAGAGAGCCUUUGCAUGUACGUCGGAAACCCGAAAAGGCCCAGACGAGAGGAGUGCGAGAAGUGCGCAUGUGUGAUGGAGACCGUCGAGGGGUUCAGCGAAGGCUUAUUUUUCAUACAAAACUCCCGUCUCGAUUGUUGA